AUGUCAAUGGACGGUCCAGGCACAAUUACGUGGGACGAAUUCCUCGAUAAUGCCGAAAGCUUCGUAGAGAUGUCAAAUGAAAUUUCCGACGGAUGGGAACUUCGAGGUGACAAGAUGGUGCCAGGAGAGGCGUACAUUGCCCGUGAGCAGAAACAAUACAUGCGCAGCGGUAAUAAGUCGACACCGAGAUACAGCGACCCUGGCGAUGAUUUCGACUUUGUAUUGAAACAUGAUCCUUUCGAGGCCACUUGCCCUAUCGAGAGGCCAUUAGUUACGGAGCAUCAUGUACUAUGGUCGAUGAGCUACAGCGUCCCAAUUCUUUAUUUUAAUGGAUGGAAAUCAGAAGCACAGUCUCUUGUUCGUAAUGGAGAAUUGAGAUACAAGGAUUUGUCUCAGGCGAUACACCCUAUAUUAGGUACACCAUUUCUAAAUUUACAUCCUUGUAUGUCUCAUCAACUUUUACAAGUUACAAGUAACAGGUAAGGAACGUAGGCAACAUAGAAACUUAGAAUGAAUAGAAUACUUAGAAUUAAGUUCGAAACAAAUAAAUUAUUUUUUCCUUUCUAGUAAAAAUAAACUAGUCAGCUGGUUGAGUACCGUUGCUCCUGCCGCACUUAAUCUCGAAUUACGCUGUGAAUAUUGCCGAUUGACCAUCUAA